AUGGCACCCGACCUAUCGCUACCACCUCAGGCCCCGGAGCUCGGUCAAUGCGACGACUUCAACUGGAAUCGCGCCGCGUUUGCUGUCUACACCCUUAUCGACGAGGUAUCACUUCAAGAUGUCGCCUCGACUCUGGAGAAGCAAUGGCUAGAGCAGGGCAACGAGGAUCAUCUUGUUCGACCUGCGCCUUCCACAUCAGAGCUUAAGACACUUCAAGAAGUCUUACAGGCUCACGUAGCCCUGGACAAAGGGGCAGACAGCGAAACGAAUGAAAUAGAGUGGUGGCCGACUGCGUUCAUCGUCGUGGUUCGAAAAGACUGGAAAGAACCUGGAGGGUUGCUGUUCGUGUUCGCAGACGACGAGAACGAUUACAAGCUGGACAAGUUCUUUUUCAAGGUCGAUGAUGCGUACAUGAUGCUUUCGAGUCUGAGCUUCCAGGAUGAGACUGAGGCUGGGAGUAAGGAGGUAUACGCCCAAGGGUACUACGAUGAUGCAGAGUGGAGGAGCUACCCAGUACUCCCGCAAUCCGAACGAAGAUGA